AUGAUUUGUAAUUGUAAAGAAUUAAAGGUUAAUGAUCAAUUUUCACACAAUUUAAAUGAUAGAUAUAUAUCAAUAAAGAUAUGGAAUAAUGAUGAAACCAUUAAAUCCAACAUUGUUAUUUCAUCAGAUAAUUAUAAAAGUAAACCUAUUAAUAUUAAUCAACAUGGUAUGAAGGAACAUAUAUUACGUUGUAGUAGAUACACCAUUAUAAAUCAUGGACCUGCCAACGUUAAUAUAAUGGUUGAUUAUAUUUACGAUAAUGCCGAAAGUGAAAAUUUAAAGAAGCAAAGUGAUAGAGCUGCAAUCGCAAAACUAUCAUUACCAAUAUACUAA